AUGAAUCAAUCAUUUACUUUAUAUAAUCAAAAUUCUGAAUGUAAUCAUGAAGCAAUUUUAAAUCAAUUAAUUUAUAAUGAAAAUAAAACUGGAUUUUAUUCAUUGGAAACAACAAAAAUGACUAAUUCAUUAAAUCAUUUAAAUAAUAAUUUACAAAAUACUGUAUUAUUGAAAACUUGUACAAUUAAAUCUAAUAUAAAAGAUAUUGAUUAUGAUAGUAAAGAUAUUUCAUUAAAUCAUUUUAAUAAUGAUUAUCCAUUAGCUAAUUCUUCUCCAAAUUCAUUUAUAAAUGCUCCUCAAUGUGCUGGAUGCAAACAAUUGGUAAUGGAUCGAACUAUUCUACAAGUUCUUAAUCAGAGUUGGCAUGUAAACUGUUUGAAAUGUAUGGAUUGUGGUACUUCCUUAUCAGAGAAAUGUUUUGUACGAACAGAUGAAUUGUACUGCAAAGAAGACUUUUUUCGUCGCUUUGGAACAAAAUGUGCAGGUUGUGAUAAAGGUAUUCCACCAAUGGAAGUUGUUCGGACAGCUCAAGAAAAUGUAUAUCACUUAGAUUGUUUUUCAUGUGUCACCUGUGCUCGUAUGUUAAAUACAGGCGAUGAAUUCUAUCUAUUACGUGAUCGAAAACUAAUGUGCAAGUCAGAUUUUGAAACUGCUAAAGCUCGAGAAGCAGAAUUAGAUAAUGCUAAUAAACGUCCUAGAACAACUAUUUCAGCCAAACAACUGGAAGCACUUAAAAGAGUUUAUGGUGAAAGUCCAAAACCUGUACGUCAUAUCAGAGAACAACUUAGUGAAGAGACUGGUUUAGAUAUGCGUGUAGUACAAGUAUGGUUUCAAAAUCGUAGGGCAAAAGAGAAAAGAUUGAAAAAAGAUGCUGGAAGGAAUAUCUGGUCAAUUUCUGACUCUUUAUUAAUCAGUAGUACAAAUACAAGUACUAAUAGUAAUACACCUGUUUGUAUGAAUGAACCAUACUUAUUUUCAACAUGUUCAAAUGAUUUAGAUAAAAGUUCUGCACCAUACUGCGGUGAUAAUUCAAUUAUAUUAGAUGAUUCAACUAGUGGAGAUGAAUAUCUAUCUAAAGAUGAAUUUCAAGGUUCUGGUUCAAGUGAUACAGACAGCAACUGUUCAGAGGAACCUGAAGAUUUGAAUCAGUCUUUAAAUUUUUCUGUUGUAUGCGAUCCUACACAUUCGAAGCAUAAUACAGAUACACCAACCACUGAAAAAUUAUCAUUAAAUAAAGAUGAAUUCCUAACUCAUGACAAUAAAUCUGCAAUUUUUCAGGCGUUUUCAAAGUCUACCUUAUAUGAGAACCAUUCAGUUCACGAUCUAGUUUCAACAAAAGCAGAACAAGUACAUGAUGUAAAAUUCCAUGGUUCUACUCAAACAUGGUUAUCCACUCCACGGCCUCUUCAAAAUCAAUGCUUUUCAGUUGACAAUCAAUCGUUCAAACCAGAUAAUGAUAAUAUUAUCUUAAAGCACAAUAUAGAAAAUAAUAUCAGUAUUUUAAAUGAUCCAGACAAUAAAAAUCAUAACAUUUCGCGUUUUGCAUCAAAUCCAUUUGUUUCAAGUUGCAUUAGCUUGAAUAAGCAAGUUGCAUCUAACAGUGAAUUGUCAACAAAAGAAACAUAUUUACAACCUGUUGACUUCUAUCCUUAUUGUCUAAAUGCAAACAGUCUUUCACAAUAUGGUAUUCCACAAUCAAGUUCAUCAUAA